AUGGUGUUCAUAUACACUUAUCGCAAAAUCAGAGCCUAUCGUGCUCGCAAAACCCUUGAAGCCCAAAGGCAAAACCAAACAUCAACGACACUAAGCUCUUCCGAUGGCUCUGCAAUCCAGCCGACUAACCUCAAGUCUCCAUCGAAUGACCCCAAGAAGAAAAGGCCAUGCCCGCAAUGUGCUCAGGAAAAGAGCAAAGCCCGCAAAUACAGAUGGAAACUUCUUUUCUGCCUGCUCCCGGCAUUCUUCGUGGCCAGCCUAGACUUGACCAUUGUUGCGACAGCAUUACCACAAAUAGCCUCUCAUUUCGAUAAAUUUAACCAGCUGAAUUGGAUCGUUACCGCCUUUACUCUUACAUCGACCGCCUUCAUCCCCGUCUUUGGCCAAUUAGCAGAUACCUUUGGCCGUCAUGCGACCCUACAAUUCGCGGUGAUCAUCUUGACAAUUGGGAGCGUUCUAUGCGCUGCUGCCCCGAACUGGGCCGUCCUUCUCCUCGGUCGCGCAUUGCAAGGCAUUGGCACUGCAGGAGUUUCGAAUGUCAGCAUGAUCGUUCUGGCGGAUUCGGUGUCCUUGAAGGAGCAGGCUAUCAACACAAGUAUCUUCCAGUUGUUGAAUGGAGUUGGCUACAGCAUUGGUCCCGUUAUCGGCGGGUAUCUGACAAACACGGACUGGCGGUACUGCUUUGUUUUGGGUGCGGGCAUUGCCGUAAUAAGCAUUGUCACUCUCUUCAUCCUUAGAAACGACCUUCGAAAAGGGAAAGUCUCAAUCUCGCGCCCUUCACCAAAUACCAGCCGCCUCCAAGCUCUAGCCGGCGGCCUUUCUACGCUCGACUUUGGUGGCAUCAUCCUCUUCAUUUUCGGGGUCGGUCUCAUCAUCUUGGGAACCGCCUGGGGUGGUUCGACAUACCCCUGGUCUUCCUCUGCGGUGCUGGCGCCGCUGAUCAUUGGCGCCGUUCUCAUCGUACUCUUCGUCUUCUAUGAACUGCUCAUUUCCUCUCCCACCAGCUUACUCUCGCGCCACCUACCCAAAGGCACAGUGCCGAUGAUCCCCUCCAUUAUCCUCUCCUCGAAGGACGUGGGUCUAGUCUGCUUCAUCGCGUCCGGUACUGGCGCCGCUCUCUACAGCGUCUUCUACUUCAUCGGCAUCUAUUUCACCCUGGUUGAAGGGUACGAAGCUUCUCACGCCGGCACUCAGCUCUUGUACUACGUCCCCGGAAUCGGGGUCGGUGUGUACCUCGCGAUAUUCAUCUGCAACGUAUACCCACGACAGACAUUUCCGCCCCUCCUCAUCGGCACUAUCGUCGAAACCGCCGGGAUCGCCGUGCUCGCUUACGCGGUGAAGGUCAAGCACGAGACCUUGGUCAAUGUCAUGAUGGGGAUCGCUGGCGCGGGCACCGGCAUGCGCUUCAUGCCUUCAAACCUGCACCUCGCCGGUAUGUUCCGUGACAGGUUAGCGCCGGUAUACUCGUUGCUGAGAUUCGCACUGCCGUUCGGCGGCACCCUCGCCCUCACGAUCAUGGGCUCCGUGUUUCAGAACCAGAUGAGUCUGUACUUUGGCUCCAACGCCGUCAACUCCGGCAACAACAAUGGAACAGACUCCACAGGAGGCUUCAACCUGCACAACCAAGCGUCACUCGACCUGGUCAAAAGCCUACCGCCGGAGGAGCAACAAGCUAUCCGUUCGCAAGGCGCCACCGCGACCAUGUGGGCAUUCAUUUCCAUUCUGCCCAUCCUAGGGUUGAGUCUAGUUGCCGGGUUGUUCUUGGGCAACGUGUGGAUCUCGAAGAAGAAGAAUGAUAACAAGAAGAACAAGAAUAACGUGGCUAGUGGUGACUCAGGAGACGCUGAAAAGGCUCAAGGUGAAAGCAUCCAAGGCACCGAGGAUGUGCGCGAGGACGGCUUAUGUCACGAGCACGCUGCUGCUGCAGCCAUAGCGGCAACCUCCAUCGCAGAUGGCUCACAGGCUCAGGUGGUUCAGGCCGCACAGAAAGAGAAGCAGAAAGAGGCGCAGAAGAACGAAGUCGAAUACCUCCGCGAGGUAUACCUGCUUGCGCUGCUGCGCGGCGACGUACGCAGGCUGAAGAGGAAGGGCGCCUCAGAAGAGGCUGACGUCGCAGGCCCGUCGAUCAUUAUCGCCGCGACAGAUACGGGUGGGAGGAAGUGA